AUCAAAAAGGAAAGCGAAGUGGGGAAAGAAAAAAAAGCAUACAUUUAUUUCUGAAGUUUCUCAAAAUUUCAGUCCAGCCUCAUGAACUGACUCGACUCCCAGUCGUCGCAACUGCAAAUCCGAUCAAUUCAUGAGAGAAAUUCAACAAUUCAGAUUUUAAUUAUCAUCUGCUUUGCCGUUUUAUUGAUAUUCUCUUCAGAAAUGGCGAAUUUCUUCUUCGAUUUCCGCUUCCUACUUCUGAUUGCAGCUAUGGCGUUCAUCUACAUCCAGAUACGGCUAUUCGCGACACAAUCUCAAUAUGCAGAUCGGCUAGCUGAGGCAGUUGAAUCAGAGAAUCAUUGUACCAGUCAAAUGCGAUUACUAAUUGAUCAGAUAAGCAUGCAACAAGGACAAAUUGUGACCCUUGAAGAUGAAAGAAAACACCACUUUGAAGAAGUCCUCCAGCUGAAGACUCUCCUUCAAGAUCUUGAAAGGAAAGGUCUGCAACAACUCACAGACAAAACACAGGUGCCUGUGGCAGCUGUUGUAAUUAUGGCAUGCAAUCGUGCAGAUUAUCUGGAAAGGACUAUUAAGUCUGUUCUAAAAUACCAGACAACUGUUGCUUCAAAAUAUCCUGUUUUUGUUUCCCAGGAUGGUACCAACCCAGUUGUAAAAAAAAAGGCUCUUAGCUAUGAUCAGUUGGCCUAUAUGCAGCAUUUAGAUUAUGGAGAAGUGGAAACUGAAAGGCCAGGGGAGUUGAUUGCAUAUUACAAAAUUGCACGUCAUUACAAAUGGGCGUUGGAUCAAUUAUUCUAUAAGCAUAAUUUCAGCCGAGUGAUUAUACUUGAAGAUGAUAUGGAAAUUGCUCCUGAUUUUUUCAGUUACUUUGAGGCUGCAGCAAUGCUACUUGAUAAGGAUAAGACCAUAAUGGCCGUCUCUUCAUGGAAUGACAAUGGACAAAAGCAGUUUGUGCAUGAUUCUUAUUUACUGUAUCGCUCAGAUUUCUUUCCAGGACUUGGUUGGAUGUUAACCAAGUCUAUUUGGGAUGAACUAUCACCAAAGUGGCCCAAGGCUUAUUGGGAUGACUGGUUGAGAUUGAAGGAUAAUCACAAAGGUCGCCAAUUUGUUCGUCCAGAAGUUUGCAGAACAUAUAACUUUGGUGAGCAUGGUUCCAGUAUGGGUCAAUUUUUCAAGCAAUACCUUGAGCCAAUCAAGUUGAAUGACGUUCAAAUCGACUGGAUGUCUAUGGAUUUGAGCUACCUGAUGGAGGACAAAUAUGUGAAGUACUUUGCAGAUCUUAUUAGAAAAGCAAAACCUGUUUAUGGAAAUGAUGCAGUUAUGAAGGCUUAUAAUGUUGUGGGUGAUGUUAGAAUCGAGUACCGAGACCAGUCAGACUUUGAACGCAUUGCUCGGCAGUUUGGUAUUUUUGAAGAGUGGAAGGAUGGUAUACCAAGGACAGCUUAUAAAGGAGUGGUUGUUUUUAGACACCAAACCCAAAGGCGUAUAUUCCUGAUUGCCCCAGAUUCUCUCGAGCGUUUGGGAAUAUAAAGCACGCAUUGAUAUACAAGUGUCUUGCCCGAGCACCGAAGCUAUGUUAAUUCUCCAUUCCAUACAGGCACAAGAGGCGAUCGAGCUACUAAUUAUUUGAACAUCAUAUGAACUUAUCUAACAGCCCAUUCUCAAGGUACUGCAUAGGAAAACAUUUGGCGUUCCACUCAUUGGUUCUUUCUCGGGAUCGAUUGAAAACAUGCUGAUGGUCACAGGCAAGAAAAAACUGUCUUUUUGGCUAAACUUGAUAAACAUUUUAGUUUGAUAAGGUGAAAUUGUUGUUGAAAAUUAGCAUGUUAAAUGUGUUAUUUCUAGCUUCAGAUCUGAAUGUCAUUUCAAAUGUUUCAUUCAAUGUGUGUAGUGGGGUUUUGACAAGUUCUCACUACAAAUAAAGAGAGAUGGAAUAGAACAUAGAUGCAUUCUUAUGUUGUAGGUUCUUACUUAAAUCUGAGACUUGUUUGCUAGCAUACUGUUUUAGCUUGAAUUUGAAAGGGAUUGUAACUUGAACAUCA